CACUCUGCCAACACCAUAACCUCUUAUCGACAGAUAUAGGGUAAAAGGUAGCACGUUACCCUGACGUAGCAGUGUCUGUGCAAACCUGCAAUAUGCUGCCUCGAUAGACAACAUUUCCGGACUGCCAUGUCCAACCCUUUCCAAUCCGAUACCGCAAAACCUGGCCAUGGAUCUAUCCAUCUUGCAUUGCUUCCCCCGGACACCCCGAGAUUGAGACAUGCAAACUACCAGUAUCCUCUGAAGCUGAUUUCUCCUGCACCCGUAUGGACGGAUAGCGAGCCGCGACGGCUUAUCCAUACUGUCUACCUGCUGACUUAUGGUGGCGGCUUGGUAGCUGGAGACUGUGUCGAUUUAAACAUAACGCUUGAAGCGACAACGAGGCUUAUCCUGCUGACCCAGGGAAGCACGAAGCUGUUCAAGUCUCCGAGCCGGCAGGUCCUCAGUCGACAGACCAUGACCGUCCAUCUCGCCACUAGCUCCGCACUCUGCUAUCUACCGGACCCUGUCCAGCCAUUCGAGCACAGCUGCUUUGAGCAGCAACAAAUCUACAAUGUCGCUGUGACCUCUCACGGUGGUCAGACGGGGAACCUCUGCGUACUGGACUGGGUCAGCAACGGUCGACCCGCUAACGGCGAGAAUUGGUCUCUCUUCCGCUACGGCAGUCGUAACGAGGUCUACUUGGUCACGUCCGAGGGCAAGCGGAAGCUUCUACUCCGGGACAACGUCAUGCUGGACGACCAGGGUAUUAACAACAGCGUAGCAAGCCGUAUGCACGGCCUCGCCACAUUCGGCACGCUCAUACUCUACGGUCCAAUGUUCCAGGCGCUCGGAAACUUCUUCGUGGAGGAGUUCAAAGCUUUGCCACGCGUAGGAGGGCGUAAGUGGGAUAGUGGUAGCGAGAGCGGCGACGAGAUCGAACAAGAUCGUCUGGCGCUACGUCAGGCAGCCAGGCAAAGGCAGGAGACUGCUGAAGGUGUGCUGUGGUCAGCAGCAUCUGUGAGAGGUUGUGUGGUUAUUAAGUUUGGCGCCCCACACUUGGAAGCUGGCAAGAAAUGGCUAAAACAGAUGCUGUCUGACCAAGGCACUGUUGCUACAACUUUCGGCGAAAGAGCUCUGCUUUGCCUACGCUGACCGUCCGUAGCCGCAUCUUGCCUAUGGGAUAAGUCCUAUAACUCUGGAUUGUCACAAGCUCCUACAUUUUCGAUUUCAUUUUGCCGUGUUCGCAACAUGCCGCGUGCAAGGCGUGAUCUCACGUCACACCUCUACGGCUCAGUCCUCAGCCAAAGUCAAGCAGGGCCAGGCACUGGCCAUUUAGCGAUUCAGGAUCG